AUGGGAGGGAACCCUAAAUUCGGUGAGGCCAGUUCCAGUGCCCUAAAGGAAGAAGACUGUGAAUGGGAUCCCAUGACAGGAACUGGAAAACACCUUACAAGAAAGAUUCUGCGUAGCAGUGAGAAAGCAAUGGUUCAAAAACGACAAUUCACUGUAAAUAUAGAGGGUACUGAUAGGGAACAAGUAGUGAGAGGUGAGAUUCAUAGCAAUGUGCUGAGUGCCCUCAGGUCCAUUGAACACAUCUCCAAUACGAUAGACAGCAUGAAGAAAAAGGCUUAAUACUUAAUAGGGAAGACAAGGAUUGAUGGAUGCAUUAACCUGGGGAUGCCUUUGAAGUACUUGCCUGAGGAUUCAAAUUUUGAAAUGAAGUUUUACAAGGUUAAAAAAAAUGAGAACACUGAUGAAUAUCGCCAGUAUGAUGGGAAGGAGGAUUGUAUCUUGUUCUACAUUUGCCCAAUUGGAUAUAGAUUGGGAACCCGUGGAGCACUAAACAGCCGGAUAAUUAGAUGCAAGGAAAUAGAAAGACACUGUUAUAUGUGUGUUUUUGCUCCAGAAGGGGAAACUAUAAAGAAUGCCUUGCACAAUGAUGGCCGCUUUUUGCCUCAGCUGGAACAUGAAGAGUGGGAACUGACUAAAGGUAAAAAAUGCUUUUACAGUGUUUUGCCCAUUGACAGAUCCCUAUGUGACAUGAGAUUUGAGGUGGGAUUGAAGACCUGGGGAGACACCAAAGGUACAUGUAAGGAACAAAACCUCCUGGCCUCUCAUGAGGGGAAGACCAAGAGUCUAGCCAGUACUUGUGAUGGUCCAAGUGAAGAACAAGAUCCCUCUGCCUUUCUUGAGGCAAAGACUGAAAGUCGGGCCAAAACCUGUUCAAAUGAAGAAGCCCCCAUGGGCUCUCAUGAAGAGUACCUGAAAACUUUAAAAAUGUUAACGAGAGCUCUUCUAGAGCAGUAUCCUUCCUUUAUGGAACAAAGCAAAGUAAUCAGCAGCAGCUUUGGGAAAACCAGGGCUGGAAAAAAGCGACAGAAGGAUUUCUUGAUAGCCCGCCAAGAGGAGUUUGGUAAAGUGACAAAGAACUCCAGUCUGAUUAAGAUGCAGAGGAAACUUAAUGAUCUCAGUGAAUCAGUGGGGUAUAUUUUCUGGGGCACUACUGCAAAGGAAGGUUGUGCUACUUGCUUUGUCUUAUGUAACAGGUACAUACUAACUUGCUGCCAUGUGGUAGAUAUGAUAGUUGGAAAAGAAACUGAUAAGGAGCAGUGCGCAAUCAAAAUUAGCCAGUCAGCAUCUGUAAUUUUCUCUUACGAAGACAAACACCCUGAGGAUAUGGACUCAUUCUCACUUGAACCGUGGCUUGGAAUAUCAGAUAAACAAUUAGACUUCGCUGUUCUGAAACUCAAGGAAAAGGAAAAUGGAACCAGGAUUCCACCAGGUUUGGUACAAUUACAUUCCCCUCCUCAAUUUAAUGGUCUUGUUUACAUUAUUGGCCAUCCAAAUGGAGAAGCAAAGUCUGUGGACGGCUGUUCUGUAGUCAGUGUAAUGGAACGGGAAAAGGACCUUUCUUGGCGUCUCCAGCAGAGGGACGAGUGCAAUAAUUCCAACUGUGGUUAUGAGGAUAGGGGCAUAAAUUGUGUCCAUAUGUACACUCCAAACAGUUUUUCAAGUAUAAUCAAUAAUUCUGACAUAGUCACUUAUGACACUUGUUUCUUUGGUGGUUCCUCAGGUUCACCAGUGUUUGAUCAAAAUGGUAAAUUAGUUGCAUUACAUGCUUGGGGUUAUUGUUAUGGACAUGAAGAAAAGAAGCAAAGCGUGAUUGAAUUUGGUUUUUCAAUGCGCUCUAUCCUCUUAGAAAUUGAGAAAAAAGAUAAACGUUGGUACGAGUCUGAAAUUGUCUCCUAUUUGCGGAAUUAUCCUGAUGGAGCAGAGGCUACCUUGCCUUCUGGUUCUACUGAUGUGGAGAUGGAAGACUUGACUGAAAGCAUUGGGAACCAUGUGGUUUAA